AAUGGUAUCUGUUUCUUUUAAGCUUUCUGUCUGAAUCCCAAAAUACUGAUACCGCAAAUCCAUCUAUCCAUGAACUAAUCCAAGAGAAAUACGCACAAGGUGGCGGAUAUUCCCAUUCGGAGGACACGCCCUCUGACAACUUUAACUGUAGUUUAUUUCCCACGGUGAUGCCUAGUUAUGCAGAAGAGCACAUCAUCGCGUAUCAUGGCUCUUUUCUGCGCGAUUUCACUUCACUUUCAUCAGAGGUUAUAAAGUGUCGCUUCGCCAAAGUAAUCGGAAGAGCCCAGCAGUGCGCGCGCGCGGAGGUUACGCGGGGAUAAAGAAACGCGCUUUCAGUCGGUGGGAAAGUAAAUGGGAUGAAAGCUCAGGUCAGUGAGGCAGCAGGUCGGACAUUCAAAGCUUCUUAAGUGUAGCAGGUGGAAGAAGGAAGAUCUAGAGGAGGAGGAGGAGGAGGAGGCGAACCCACCCUGGAGUCCGCACGGAGCCUGGAAAGCACCGGUGUGCGAGACAGAUAGGUGGUCGUAUCAUCUACCUGUGCACCGCUUACCAAAUUUAUUUUGCACAUUUUCACGCAGUUCUCCUGAAGGAUGGACGGAUUAACAGUGUAAAUAAGCGGCAGUACAUAGGAGAGGCUGUUCCGUACGCGCAGAAGUCAGCAAAUGUCUGCUAUGAGAAUGGAUAGGGACCGAAAGAGUUGGCACUCUUGGGAUAAUAAAUCCAGUAUGGACAGAAGGAGUCAUGGUAGGAUGAUAAAGGAUGUAGAGCGCGGACAGCAAUGGACCGUGAUUUUUCUUGUGUCACUCGCUCUGCAGCCGCAGGUGACGUGUGCAGUGGGCACUUUUGAGGUGCAGAUCCGACAAUGGCUGAACCCUCAUGGCUUUCUACAGAGUGGUCAGUGCUGUGACCCCCAGGCCAGCGGGGGGCAGCGCUGUUCAUCAGGUGAUCAGUGUGACACCUUCUUCAAAGCCUGUCUGAAGGAGUACCAGGCUCGAGUUUCACCUACUGGGACUUGUACCUACGGUACCAGCAGCACACCUGUACUGGGUGGCAACUCCCACACCUUACAUCACCAUGGGAAUGAGGGAACCCAAAGCAGAAAUGGGCGAAUUCUCAUCCCGUUUAAAUACGCAUGGCCAAAAUCGUUUUCGCUUGUGAUUGAGGCACUGGACCAUGACAAUGAAACAUCACAGACAGGUCGUGAAGAAUUAAUAGAACGAGUGUUGAUGUCCUCCAUGCUGAACCCAGGUGAAAAGUGGCAAAUAUUUCACCAUCACGGCAACACGUUCACUCUUGAAUACCGUCUGCGGUUCCGAUGCGAUACUAAUUACUACGGGCCGUUCUGCAACAAGCUCUGCCGUGCACGCGAUGACUUUUUCGGCCAUUUUGACUGCGAUCCUUCUGGUAGCAAAACGUGUAAGGAGGGCUGGACUGGACCGGAGUGCACACAUGCGGUGUGCAAGCAGGGAUGUCAUCUGGAUCACGGCACUUGUGAUCUGCCCGGAGAUUGCAAGUGUAAUUAUGGCUGGAAAGGGGAACUGUGUGAUGAGUGCGAAACAUUUCCCGGAUGUGAUCAUGGCACUUGCACUGAACCCUGGAAGUGUGUUUGUGACACAAAUUGGGGCGGCCUGCUCUGCGACAAAGAUCUGAAUUAUUGUGGUACUCAUCAACCGUGUAAGAAUGGUGGUACUUGUACGAACACCGAACCCAACGAGUACUUGUGUGUGUGUCAGGAGGGUUUCCAUGGCCGCAACUGUAACAUUGUGGAGCAUGCAUGUCUCUCUUCUCCAUGUGAGAAUGGUGGAACAUGUAUUGAACACCCAACAGGAUUCAGCUGCGUGUGCAUGCAGGGUUGGACAGGACCCACCUGUGCCGCUGCAGUGUUGCAUUGUGACUCCAGUCCUUGUGGGCGUGGCGCUACGUGUCAAGAGACGCCUCAGGGUUUCCAGUGUCUGUGUCCUCCGUUCUGGACCGGAAGAACCUGCCAGCUCGACACUAAUGAAUGUGAGACUGGUGUGUGUGUCAAUGCCCGCUCUUGCCGUAAUCUGAUUGGGGGAUAUUUGUGUGACUGCCUUUCUGGUUGGUCGGGGCCAAAUUGUGACAUCCGGAACAGCAGCUGCCAGGGUUUGUGUCUGAAUGGAGGACGCUGUGAGGGCUCUCAGUGCGUAUGUUUGCCGGGUUUCUCUGGUAAACACUGUCAGGUGGUCCUGAAUGCUUGUGACAGCAACCCCUGUCUGAAUGGUGGGCACUGUAAGGAGCAUCAAGGUGGCAGAGGCAUCUUCUGUAGCUGUCAGAUGGGAUACACUGGCACCCAUUGUGAAUCUGUGCUGGAUCUUUGUAAUCCCACCCCCUGCCCAAAGGGGGUACCGUGUCGCCGUACAGAAGGAGGCUACUUGUGUGUCUGUCCUGAAGGUUACUUUGGAAACGAGUGCAUGAGCCUUAAGGAUUCAUGUCAUGAACCCCACUGCAAAGGUGCAAUGUCAGAUCCAGGUGAAAGUAGGUUUAGUAUAUAUAUGGUGUUGGUGAGCGUAUUUGCUCUGCUCGUCGCAGGCGGCUGUUCUGCGUGUGCGCUCCUGCUCUCCCGUCUGCACCACCGCAAUCGUACCAAAGAGCAGCUACGUACUUCGGCACCAGAGGACAACGCCAUUAACAACCAGCGGCAGUUCUGCACUCUCAUCCGUAACCUGGACCACAGCGUGGCUAUCCUUCCACCAGUGCAAACAGUGCCCACAUCAAUGCUCUCUGUGCCUGCACACUGCAGUGAAGAGAUUGAACUUACUCUCCCCCCGUCGCCCGCCCCAUCCCCAGCUCUGAAACCGGCCCACGUGCCAAAACUGGACAUCUCCAACCGCGAGCGGGAGAAACUAAAUCGUUUCCACUAUGCAGAAAACCAGGAACUUGAGGUGUGACCGGUCCUUGACCGCUGGGAGGGACUCUCGACUUCCUGGAGGAUUGUGCUCCGAUUUGGUUGAUUUUUGUUAAUCAACCUCUGCUGUAGAACCUUGACCUCUGAGAUUUACUUUAUAAAGACCAGAGAAGGUUCCAACUGAGAAGAUAAUAUUGGCACGGGACCAAUCCAUUGUCAACUGAAGUCACUAUAUUGACAGGUCAACAGGAGUUAAGGGCAGCGUGAUGAUUUAAAGGCCAGUCGUUCACCUUUAUUCUUGGAUAUUUAAGUGUAUUUUAUUAUGUUUACAAUUGUGCCCUUUAUAUUCGUUCACAUUUGUUUGUUUGUAAGUGUGGGUAUGUGUGCGUGCAUUUGUGAGCGUGUAACAGAGUAACGGAGUCUUGAUCUUAAAAAUAACGGAGUCUUGAUCUUAAAAAUUUGAUCUUAAAUUUGAUCGUAUUAUAAUUUUUUAAAAGCGCGUACGUGUGAUUCAUGGAACGGAUGUAUGCACAGAAAACGCGCAUACGCCUCACUUUGAGAUCAGAUGAGAAAUCUUUAAUCGCAAAUUAUCUUGAAAUUUUGCGUCUUUAAAGAGCACCUAUUUCAUUGGUAAAAAACAACGUUAUUUUGUGUAUUUGGUAUAAUACAAUGUGUUUUGUGGUUAAAAAACACAUUAUUUUUCACAUACCGUACAUUUUUGUAGCUCAAGAUUUCACUCUCUUCCUGAAACACACAGAUUUUAAAAGCUCUGUGGCCUGAUUGGCCAGCUAAUAUGUUAUGAUUGGUCUGAAUACCUCUGACGUCAAUCGGAAAUGCGACGCUCCUUACCAUGUUUGAAAGAUUUGGUCACAAUGCAGUGCUAAGAGGAGUUAACUUACAGGCUGUUAGUCCGAAGCAGGAGGAAUUAUGAUAAUGUCGGUCUUUCACCAAUCCCAGGAAGUAAACUGUUGCCUACAAUUCGUGUGUUUGUCGUAGUCCAAAAAAAGAGAUUAACAUUGGAGAUGAUAACUCGCGUCAUCAUUUACUUUGGGGUAUGUACCUUUUGUCUAUCGUUAACAUGUACUAAUACACACUUACACACCAAAGGAAAUGUAAAAUCAUGAAUUGGACCAUUGGUGCCCUUUAAACAAUACUUGAUUAAUAACAUUGACAUGUAAAAAAAGUUAAACACCUGUCAAUGGUUAAAUCUUUUUUGAGCAGCAAGAAUGUCUUCCAAAAACCUGGAGGAAUCGGACAAGCAAAAGUGCGUACGUUUACUUGGACCCUGACGUGGUGCUAAUUUUUUCACGUCAAAGGCGUUCUUAUUGGAUUUUUGCGUACACACACUCUACGAUAAAAUCUGUGCGUAUGCAUGCUUUAUGAACUUGAGACCUUUUGAAAAAACAAACGGAGUCUUAAGCCUUAAUUAUAGUUUGUUUUUUACGUGCACCCGAACAUAUGCACAUGGUCGAAGGCACAGCCUUGCAAAUCAUAGUUUAUUUGACUCGUACGUGUAUGCAGACAUUCGCUUACAUUCGUCAUGCACUCUGUACGCGGACCAUCGUUUAAAAAUGGGACUAUACUACUAUUCUAGCUUUAGUAGUAAAUUUCUUUGGUCUGGAUCUGUUCGCUUCAAGUUUGGUGUCUUGAUCUGGAUUUGGAUGUAGUUUAAUGGUCUUGAAAAUGACAUCUAAAACCCAAGUCAUUAUUUUCCUAAAUAAAUAUAUAGAAAUUAAUUUAAUUUUGACCAAAAUUGCCUUAUUUGUAUAUUAUGAUUCUGUAAAAGUUGUUGAUAAAUAUUACAUGUUCCUUAAUUUUAUUUAGCGUCAACUGGAACAAAUAUGAAAGUCUUUAUUAUUAUCAGUUUAUGACAUUUGUUAUUCAUCAUCAAUGCACUGUAGCUCUUUUGUCUGUCAACAAAAUAAAUAUUGUGUUGACUGAUAGAUUGACCUCUGCACACUGACUGUUGAUUUAUUUUGUAGCUCUGUUUACUUCUAAAAGCUGUCAAAAUUACAUCAUCACACGAACAAAAACUGAACUUGCUGCAGUCUUCUACUGAGCUUUAGGAAUUUCACUUAAAAUGUGCACCUGCAGAACUUCACGGAAAGCUCAGCAGAUGUCAGAUAUUUGGUACUGCAGUAAAAUAAACGGCAGUAAAUCUGUGUUACAUUUCAUUGCAGAAAAAAUAAAAGGCUUUUUGGACUCACUUUCAUUUGUAUGGUUUUAGUCUUGAUCGGGGUCUCUAUCUGGAUGGUUUGAUCUUGACUCCAGCUCUGUUGUGUACCUGUG